GACGAGGCCGCGUGUUCUUGCACUUGAAUGCGAAUGAACGGCCUUCGGGGAAGUGCUCGAAUGCCCGGCCGAAAUUUUACCGAUUUGCCAUUCAGCUCGUCUAUUGUGCCGUCCUUUUUAUCGGCUUAUUCGUUUGCGAGGUGAGAUAUGUGUACACCUUCAGAAUUUGUACGCUCCAGCGUGUGAAAUAUCUUUCCCACACUUAUUCGGUACUAUUUAAAGGGCGCUUACUGCAAUUCCCGACACUUGUCAUUGCAUCCUGGCGAAGGGAAUUAAUUCAAGGCGCGCAGAGUUCGCUGUACUUUUACGCGGGGAUGGCGAGCUGUCGAAUCAUCCUCAUUGAACGCUUUUUUUAAAACUCUUUUUCUGAGACAUUUCCGGCCAACUGGAUGUUAUGUUUCGGCGCCGGCACGUGCCAGAAAUAGACGUUUCCCUCGCGUGCUAUGCGGGGGGGUGCAGCGACGGCUGCAUCGCGGGGUUCCUCGCCUGUUUUAAAUUCAGUCAAAAGGAGUUCCUGGGCCGACAAGGACAUCUAGUCAACAUUUAAAAUUCGCCGAAUCUUAACAAUACUGUCCUCGUUCCUUACGCUGAUCCGAUACGUCCGAGUUACUAAAAACUGCACCUCCUCGUAUUGCAACGCAGCGCAGAGCUCGAUUAACUCUUCUGAGCUUUUUCUUGCGAUUCUUCUCGGGAAUUAAAUUCGAGAGAAAUGGGAAAAGGUGCAGGUCCGAUUAUCAGGAUGUCCAAUGCGAGCACUCAUGGGGCGGGAGGGGUGGAGUGCUGUUUCUGCAGGUGUUGCACCUGCAUUCAUAUUGAGUUCCUGAAGACGAUGCCAGGCAUGGUCAAAGUUGGGGAGACCGUGCUCAGCGGCUUGAUCCAGAGCCUUUUGAUCAAUUAUGGGCUUCGAUACAGUGCCAUGAUCGGUUCUGCUUUCGAAGGGUCUCUUACGACUUCUUCGGCAUGUUUCUUGACCUCGGCUGUUCUGCUCGCUUGUUACAUCGUCUCCGAGAAGUCGUACCGGCUCGUCAAGUCGUCUCUCUUUGAAAUGAUGUUCAACGCCCUGGCUUGCUUCCUAUACAUGAGUUCGGCCUCUUAUUUAGCGUUUUCUACGAAAGUCUUCAUCGGGGCUCAGUACCUAGUGACGCCAGGAUUCGACGUUUAUCCUGCGAUGACAGCAGCUUAUAUUUUAAGCGGCGUUGUUGGGAUUUUGCACGGUGCAGAUGCAUAUUACUCUUACGUGCACUACAAGACCGGUAGAUGAGCGCAAUGGCAUCUCAAAGUGCUACAGAAAUGAAGGCGGCGGAUCUUUCGUCUAGUCAUACGUUCUAACUGGGUAUUAAGUCGGCGUCGAUUAGGUUUUAUGUCAAUCCUUGAUAUCGCGCCUUAUUUAUUAUUCCGAACUUUGUAACGCCGAUAGGAGCAGCCUCUCUAGGCUCCAUGAGACGAUUUUGUAAUCCCCGAGAACGAUAGCAAGUGGAAUCUCUCCGGGACGUUCAUCCGGCAAAAAGACUGUAAUUGAAUGGAAUUAAGAACGUUAAUUUCAAGCGAGCGCAAAUUUCACGUUCCACGCGAAAUUAGUUGGGACAAUGCAAGCGUUCCGUUGUAUUAAUUAAUUGCUGGUAGCAAUAUAAGUCCUUAUAAUGUAUUAAUUAACUGCUCGUAGUAAGCAUUUCUUGCUGAAGAUAUCUUCUGAGGAUGGAAAUUGAUUUUGUAAAAGUAAUCGGCAUUUUAAGUCGAAUGACGAGAAUUCUGUCCUGCGUAUUUUAUGCAUUUUCUAAAAAUUAUCAGUCGAAAUAAAAAAGAAAUAGUUUUGGAUUAAA